UAGCUCACACCGUCUUCUCCUCUCUUGGUUUCCUAAUCGGUUGUUCACGAACUAUAUGUAAGCCAAAGCCUCUUUUCUCCUUUAAUCUCAACAGCUCUCUCUCUCUUUGUAUCUUUAACGAUUCGAUAGAAACGACGAUCGUCUCAUCGUAAACACUAAAUUCCACCACCAGAUCAAUUCUUCGCCUCCGUUUGUUUGAUUUCUCUCUCCUCUCUCCGAAAAUAUGCAGCAUUGUAAAGCAAUGGAGUCGUUGAUCGAACUCUGCGAUCUGAUCGCACAAGAUCCUUCGCAGUUUGCUGAUAAAUUGGCUUGGAUUUGUGGCCAAUGUCCACCAAUUGACUCUGUUCGGGCCGGAUCAUUGAGGGUUUCGAGGUCACAACUUAAUGCAGUACUCGCCACGGCUAGAUUUCUUUCUAAAUGCUCCAGUUUCGAUGACAUGAGGCCCAAACCGGGAUUCCUAGGGUUUUUAGGCCGAUUCCGUAUUCUUUCGCUCAAUCUUUUUGGCCGGAGUCGUUUGGAAUCGCUUCGUUCUUUAAGGAUUUCUUGAGUUAUGUGAAUAAGGCUAGUGAGUUGUUCUCAGAUUUUGCCAUGGACGUUGCGGAGUAUAUGGGAGAGAUUGUGAUGUCGGCGAUUAACAAUGUCAGUGGAGAUUUGGAGCUUUAAAGGGUUUUCUUGAAUGCUCUGUCGCAGAAGCUGUCUGCUGCUGCUCAUGGAGAGAAGUCUGGGGGUUCUUAAAGAACUUUCGAAUGUACUCGUCGCACUGUUACCAUAUAUCCAUCUCCCAGGGUUGAUGUAGACCAAUGAGUUUUGGAAGUCUCUGAAGGGGU